GAUACACAGAUGGCCAACAGGCACAUGAAAAGAUGCUUGACAAUGUUAAUUAUUAGAGAAAUGCAAAUCAAAACUGCAGUAAAUCAUCUCACAUUAGUCAGAACGACCAUCAUCAAAAAGUUGACAAAUAAUAAAUGCUGGACAGGAUGUGGAGAAAAGGGAACCCUCCUGCACUGAAUGUAAAGUGGUACAACCACAACGGAGAUGCUGCAGAUGUAGCCAAAAAAAAAACAAAAACAAAAACUUUUCCCCAGAAUGGCCAUUGUAACUCCAAAUUCUCUAAAAGUUCACCCAUUUUCCCAGAAAGACACAAGAUGCUGGUCCAAGAACUAGGAUGAACCUGUCUGGCCUUUGGCUUCUGUAAAAUAUCUUAAUUAUGAGGGAUGCUCUUUUCCAACAGCCAUUUUAAAAUACAGGUUAUCAUGGUCUCCCCCUUUAGAAAAGAUGGGUGACCUACCAAGAAGCUUCAUGAAAACAGAUCCUAGUAAAAUUGGAGAGCUCAAAAUGCAAGGAGAGCAGAGCCUGAAUCAGGACAGAUAUUACCCUCAAAUUCCAGGGUUGGCAGGAAAGCAGAGAGCUCAAUGAACUUGUGUGUACCGACACCUGCUUGCUCACUAGACUCCAGGUUGAUAGAAAGAGAGAAGGGCUGAGGGCAGGGGUUAGAGAAUCGUCAACUUCCUAAUUGAACACUCGAUCUGAAUUGGCAAUGCUUCAGGGACAUGGUUGCUGGUCUCUGUUCCUCGCCAGGAGCAAGCAGGUGCUGAAUAAGUCAUCUUGGUGCUUGUGCUGCAGGAAGUCUUGUGAACAGGAAAAAGAGAAGACUCACAUUUGUUACUGUCUUGGCAGCUAAAAGGGGGCCACGGAUGCUGAUCACAGAUUCAGGAAGAAAGGGAGUGGGCUCAGGGAGAGGCCUUGAAGUCACAGGUGAAACGCUGGGGUCUGAUCCCAAGCCACAAAUAAAAGCUGGAAUUGAUUUAAUGGAAUUCCACCCAUUUAUUCAGCAGAUAACAACUGGACAGCAGAAGCGGCCAGGCCCUAAGAGAGCUGUGGGGGUACAGCCAUGAGUGGGAUUCCUCUCGUCUCCCACAAGCAGAGAGCCAUGUGCUCAAGGAGUGAACGCUGAAGGAGCCCAUAAAAGAGACGAUCUGCCGUGACUGGUGCACAGACGGCUGCCUUGUCUGACUUCUCAGCCCUACCCCAAAUCAGGUUCAGCGGACUCUUGACUCCCCCACCGCCACCAAGAAGAGAGGGCAGCGGGGUGUCCUUGUGCCAGCCCACGCAGGCCUGCUUGCUUUGUUUCUCAUUCAGAGCCACGCUGGCCAUUUCAGACACAGCCAACCCAGGAGCUUAGACCAGAGGCAGCUGCUGCAGGCAUGGGCCUGGCAGCAGGAAGGCCAGUGGGCGGGCAGACAGGCAGCAAGAGAACACUCGAGAAUUAACCUGCGCAGGGCCGGGUCUCCUCAGAGGAUCACGGACAUCCCUACUCCCGCCUUUUGACGACAGAGACAUGGCUCGGGAGCCCAAGCCUGGUCCUGCCCGGCCGGGCCAGAAGAGGCCCUGGGGCACGGCCAUCUCCUGCUACUACGAUCUGGAUUACGAGCUGUACAGGGAAGAAUUCCCCUACAGGGUGUGUGACUACCAAAGGAUCCCUCCACUAAUCAACCGUGCACCUACCAAGAUCCGGGGGACCCACGUGGGCCCGGGGGUCAAGCACAGCUUUAGUCCCCACAAGGCUCCCAGGACUAGUCAACUGCCUGCAGGGCAGAUAAAGCUCCAGACUGAGGAGCUGCACUCCAUCAGAGGAGAGCUGAGCCAGAUCAAAGCCCAGGUGGAUCACCUGCUGGAGACUGUGGACCGCAUGGACCAGCAGAUGGACCAGCUUCCAGGGACGGAGGACUGCGAACAGAACCGGAGCUCCAGGAGUAAGGGUCCCUCAUACAGAACCGUAGAACCUCAUCAGGAGCCUACAGGCCAGAGGACCCAUCCAGAGGCAGACAGCUCCCCGAUCACAGACCCAGAAGACCCCAAGGAGGCAGUAAAGAAUCACGCAUCAGACCAGGAGGGCAGCCAGUAGAAGGCUGGAACUCCCCCAGUCUCAUCAGCUCCAGGCACUUUCUUCGGCGGUUCCUAUCCCCUGCCUUGAGUAGCACCCACGCUGGAGCAAGCGCAAAGAAGUGGAGGCAUGGCUCAGCCAGUCCAGCUGGGAAGCCUCCCCCCAGUGCUGACUUUAGCUUGAGGAUCAUGUUUCCAGAUGACCAUCUGGGGGCUAGCGGGGAAGGAAGGAGCCCUCCAAGUGCCCAGCACCAGCUCACCAUUCUCAUAAAGUUGAGGCCACUCCUGUUAAGAGGCAGCUGGAAAGGGCCCCCCUGGGAGCACCACCAGCCCUCUGACUACAGGUACCUCCCUAGCUGCUUCUCCCCGCCCCUCGCCAAAGCCUUACCUGUCCUCUCUGGGUCUCAGCAGGAGUAUCACUUUUAUGUUGUUUCUACCUUGUCUCUUGCUGGUGUGAUCUUACAUAUUUCAGAUCUGCUUUGGAAAAAUAUGUCACUGAGGAGAAAUAAAAUUUUCUUUUCCCUGGUCAGGGGUCCUUA